AUGACCAAGCUCAGUGAUUCGGCCAUCAUCGUCAUUGUUAUCGUCGUGUGUCUCGCCCUCGUCUCACUUGGGGCCGCACUCACAAAACAAUUCUGGCCUGAGGCCCCCCAACAACGCUACAACUAUCCCGCCGAGCAACAAUCCUACAUGCGAACCGUCCGUCUGAAGAACCUGGGCAUCUUUCAACGCGAGUCGAUGAGUAUGCCCGGGAAGAUGCCCGCCGCAGCAGCGAGGGAUGUAGAGUCAGGCUACUCCGAAAAUGAAUCGUCGCAUUACUAG